UUUAUAAUGUUCCUUAUUAGAUCCACAAGACAUAAUGUUGCACAAAAUUCCGGGAAAUGUUAUCUAUACAGUACUAUAAUUUCUACUGUUUUUAGCAUCUAUAUGGUAGUGCUACAAAAUAAUGACCCUGAUAAGGUGUAUUGCGAUCCAAAACGACGAGUCUGGUAUGACAAAAACGGAAAGGCAACCAUGCAAAUGGUUCCCGGGAAUGGAAGAGCAGUUCCUGGAACGAAUAAGGUAUACGAAAAAUUGGAUACUGUUGAAUUGAGAAAAGAUACCAUGGCUGUUUGUCUCAUGGAAAAUGGUGUAACUUACGAUGAUUACAUACGAUUGAUAAACAUGGAGCUACCUCAAACAAGUCCAGGGAAGUGCUUCCUUGGCUGUAUUCUGUAUCAAAAUGGCAUUGUCAAUGACAAUUACGAACUGAAAACCUUUGUGAGUUCGCGUUUGGCCCGAGCGCUUAAAGGAAUUCUUAAGAGAGUUAUGAGAACUUUUGGCUCAAGAUUCAUUUUUUCUGGUGAUACUACAAUCUACGAGAAUAUUAUUAAUAUCAACGAGUAUGUGGAUAUGGCAAUAGAAAUGGCUAUCAAGAGUUUGAAAGAAAUAGAGACUAAGAAGGUGGAAAUGGAUGGUCUUGACAAAUGUGAGCGGAUGAAUGAGUACUUGAAAAUUGCUUCGGCUCAAAAGGAAUUUCCCAAUUACAAGAAAACCUCUUACAAAAUAAGACAAAGGAAACUCGAAAAUAAGAAACAGCUUGUUGAAACACCAAAACCUGAUCCAAAUCCAAGCAAUGGAAAAGGCAAAAAACAAGAAGCAAAUACACGCACUGCAGUUAAGCACUCAACUUAUGCCAACUACUGCGCUGCUGCCUUUCCAUCUGAAUAUCGGGACAUUACUAUCACAGAUUAAGUACGGGUAAGGAAACUUGGGGAAGCUGGCCCUACCCAAAACAGCACAAAUUCAAUUACAUAUCUGAACAUUUAGUGCUCAAUUUGUGCUGUUUUGUGCUGUAAAAAGUUUAUUUUGUGCUGUCGAUUUAAAGAAGAUAUUCAACUUUGAAAGUGGGUAGGGCUGGCUUCACGCUAGCACCACCCAGAACGGCACAAAUUAAUUGUCAUAUCCAGGGAUUUAGUGCUCAAUUUGUGCUGUUUUGUGCUGCAAAAAUUUUUAUUUGUGCUAUCAAUUUAAAGAAGAUAUUCAACUUUGAAAGUGGGCGGGCUGGCCCCACCCAAAACGGCAAAAACGAAUUGACAUAUCCAGGGUUUUAGUGCUCAAUUUGUGCUGUUUUGUGCUGCAAAAAUUUUUAUUUGUGCUAUCAAUUUAAAGAAGAUAUUCAUCUUUGAAAGUGGGCGGGCUGGCUUCACGCUUGCACCACACAAAAUGGCACAAAUCAAUUCACAAAACAGCACAAAUAAAUGGACAUAUCUAAGGAUUUAGUGCUCAAUUUGUGCUGUUUUGUGCUGCAAAAAGUUUUAUUUGUGCUAUCAAUUUAAAGAAGAUAUUCAACUUUGAAAGUGGGCGGGCUGUCUUCACGCUUGCACCACCCAAAAUGGUACAAAUCAAUUCACAAAACAGCACAAAUAAAUCAUUAUAUCUAGGGAUUCAGUGCACAAUUUGUGCUGCUUUGUGCUGUAAGAAGUUUAUUUUGUGCUAUCAAUUCAAAGAAGACAUUCAACCUGGAAAGUGGGCGGGCUGGCUUCAUGCUUGCACCACCCAAAAUGGUACAAACCAAUUCACAAAACAGCACAAAUAAAUCAACAUAUCUGAGGAUUUAGUGCUCAAAUUGUGCUGUUUUGUGCUGAAAAAAGUUUAUUUUGUGCUAUCAAUUCAAUGAAGAUAUUGGACUUUCAAAGUGGGUAGGGCUGGCUUCUAGCUUGCACCACCCGAAAUGGUACAAAUCAAUAUUCACAAAUAAAUCAUCAUAUCUAGGGAUUUAGUGCUCAAUUUGUGCUGUUUUGUGCUGUUUUGUGGUGGCAUCACCACCCAAAACCUCACAAAUUGAUUCACAAAAAAGCACAAAUAAAACAACAUAUCUAAGGAUUUAGUGCUCAAUUUGUGCUGUUUUUUGCUGCAAAAAGUUUAUCUUGUGCUGUCAAUUUGAAGAAGAUAUUGAACUUUGAGAGUGUGCAGGGCUGGCAUCAGGCUAGUACAACACAGAACGGCACAAAUCAAUUCAUAAAACAGCACAAAUAAAUUAAAAUAUCUAGGGUUUUAUUGAUGAAUCUGUGCUGGAGAUAGUUUAUAGAUAUAUAUAAUUCCUGAUAAUGUUAUAAAUGGUUUAUUCAUCAGAAGCAUACCACACAUCUUUAGAAAAUAAAGUACAUUGGUAAUCACAGGCCUAAAAAAUAAAGUACAUUGGGUUUAAAUAAAGUACAUGUCAUUUGCACCUGUAUAUUCAAAAAGUCAAAUCAAAUCAAAUUUUUUAUUCACAAUACAAACAAUUGAGGGUCCUGCCAAAACCGAAGUUUAGCAGUCAGCAUAUUUCUUUAUGGCAUUCUUAUAUACUCACAAGAAUACACGUUAUUGACAUGAAUAUCACUGAUUACUAUUAGAAUCCAUUAUAAUUAUUCUAUUAGUAAUAAUGACUAAUGAUAGAAUAAUUCGAUUUAUUCAAAUAAGAACAUGAUAGCUUGGAAAGUUAUUGAUUACAUACUGGUAUGACGAAAAUAAUCAUAAAUAAAUUAAUUUCAUUUGUUACAAAGCACACGCUCAUACUGAAGAAUUGUUUAAUAUAGUAUCAUGAAAAAAACAUAUAAUUUAUUUUAUUCAAUCCAAACAGUUUUGGAGUUGGUCUUGUAAAUUCAAAAUGUAAGUUAUAAUAGGUAUGUCUUGAAAAAAUGCAUAAUAUUGUUACUCUUCAACAAUUUAAUCAACUCUAGGCUACUGUAUUGCAAAAUAAUUUGAGGUACCUAUACAAGAUUAAGAAAUUUAAUGCAAAAAAAUUGCACCCCUCUGGCCAAAGCUAUGUGUACUUCUCAAAAUACAAUUUUAAAUGAUUUAUUAAAAGCAUAAAACACCCUUUAUUUAUAUGAAAUAUUUUUAAUGAACGACCGGUUCCAGCUUAUUUUAGCCAUUUUCAAGUUCAAAUGAAAAAUGAAUAAAUAAAUAAAAAAGUAUUGACGAAUUCAUGUACAUAUAAGACUAUCCUCCAUAUUAUGUUAUAUUUCUAGGUUUGCAUGAUUUCAUCAAAAAUGGGAUUAUCUAAAUCGAAUUGAAUAAUAGUUAUUAGUUUAUUAUACUAUAUUAUUUUGCUGUAGUGUAGAUAUGAAAUCUUCUUUUACAUUAAUUCAAUUUACUGCUUUUGCUUCUAACGUUUUAAAUCUUCAUAUUAACAUUCAUAUCAACAUAUUCAUGGUUUUCUUCUAUCUAGUGCUCCACAAGGCUGAUUAUUGAGUAGUAUUUUUUUGAUUUUAGAGCUUGAAUGUGCUCCUGGAAAAAAUAAUAAAGGGUGCUUUAUUAUGUUUUUGAUAACUUCUAUAAGUAGCCCAUGCAAAUAAAUUAAUUUUAAAUGGAUAUUCAAAAUACAAUACAUGAGUAUUAUAAUGGGAUACAAAAUGAGUACAAUGAAUUUUAAAUUUAAUAAAAAAUCAAUUAGUUAUUCUUGAAAAUAUAUUUCUUAUUGCUUUUGGCAAUCAUCAAUAAAUAAUUGUUUCUGGUGAAGAGUUGCAAAGCAUCUUUGCAAUCAACAUUCAAAUUGAAAUAAAUCUUCAUUUCGUCAUAUCUUAUGAGAUUCAAAGAUGCUUUGCUCCUCUCAUCUCUUCACUUAUUAUUCAUCACCGAAAAAAAUCCUUUACACAAAUGCUGAAAUGCAGGGAUAGAGAGUAAAUAUGAAAUCACUUUAUAAAAAUUAUUGAACUCAUCAGCAUCACAUGCACUGAAAAAAUGUAGCUAAUAUUUAUUUUCAAUCUGACAGUCUCCGCCACUCUACUAACCCAAACUGUUUUGAUUUCCUCGUACUUUAUUAUAUGGUACUUUAUUGAGAACAAUGAGGUAUUUUUGCGUACUUUAUCUUGCUUACAAAGUAUUAAGUACAAGACCUCCAAAUAAAGUACAAUACUUUAUUAUAUAGUACGGGUGGCAACCUUAGUUCGCUUCCUCCGCGAAUAUAUUCAUGUUUUUAUCAAUUUGCAUAAAGAAUAUUUGAGAAAAUCAUAACAACUAUAAGUAAUCUUAAUUAUUAAGCACUAUUGGCAGUCAUCAGAAAAGUCAUCAAAACAAAAAUCUGCAUGACAUUGUUAUACAAAAGCAAUAUAGCCUACUAAUCAUAAGUUCAAUAGCAUAACAUAAAAAUUUCAUAAGACACAGAGUCUGAGCAUGGGCAUGAGUUGGUAAUUUAUUGUAAUGAAAAACAAAAAUAAAGUACCGUACGUUACGGAUUAGUUGGAAAAUUUUAAAAUUGUAGAAAAUUAUAUUCACACCCAAUGAUUACUUUUUGUUUAAUAAAAAAUCACAAUUAAUCAGAAAUUCUGACACACGUGAGACAGCAUUCUCCAACUCAUUUAGAAAUAGCAAGAAUAGUUUUAAAAAAAUGUCGGUUGGAUGAUAUCAGAAAUAUCGCUUGUAUUCAUCUUGUAUUUAAAUUGCUAUUAAUACUCACAAACUGCGCUUUUUCUGGCAAUGCCUAUGCUAUUUAAGUAGAGGAUAAUUAUUUCAUGUUUCUAUCAAGAUUGAGUAUUUUUCUCUACUUCUUUUGUUUGAAAAUUAGUAUGUAGCCUACUUGUAUUAUUAUUAUUAUGUGUAUGUUAAAGAAAUAAAUUUGAUUUCAAUGUUGAAGAUCUGUUUUCGUUUUUCUCCUGAUUCAAUUUUUUUACUGGUUCAUAUACUGAACAUGAACUAAAAGUAUAUGAAAGAAAAUUAUUUAUAAUUUGUUUAUAAUAAUAAUUGUUUAAAAACUUAAAUCGUAAAAAAUGUGUAGGCCUACCGUAUUUACAGGUUUAAAUUACGGUAUUUAAUAAUUUGCUAAUAAACGUUAGGGAUUAUUCAAAGAAUGAUUCUAUGUUUCAUUAUAAUUAAUAGGCUAAUAUAAUUAAUAGGCUCAUUUUUUCUUCUUCUUCUUC